AUGAAAGAAAACAACAAGUGUAAAAGUAAAGGCGAUAGCAGCAGUACUCCAGCCAAACAACUUGAAGUUCCUAUUAAUGAACAGCGCAACAAUGUUGAUUUGCUUAGAUUUUCAAACUCUUUUAACGCGUGGUGUAAGCUUCACCACGUUUAUUGUAAUAAGGCUUUUAUUUUGGUGGAAUUGCCCUUGACAUCUAAUCGUACAGAACCUUUUCAUAAUACAAUUUAUUGGGAGAAUUUACGUGCCAAUUCGUUGAGAGAAUGUCAGCCAUUGUCUGAUGGGAAUGGUAUCAUUUGGAAGAUUAACCUCAACGAUUUCAACAAAUGUGGAUUUUUGAGAAGUGUUAAUAAAUGGAAGAAUUAUGCAACUUACUAUCAAAAUCUUAUAAUAAAACAGAAACACAAUGCAGUAGACAAAAUAAAUAUCAAAUGUUUAUACAAAAUUAAAAACGUUUCCAAAAAUUUUAAACACAAACUGGUGAAACGUGAUGUUUUACCCGAGGACUUCCAAGAAGAUCAAGACAUUGAAAUCUUAGACACAGUAGAACAGCAGGCCCCUGAUCCUAAAGUAUUAAUGGAGGUAAGACAAAAUGACCAAAUUAUUGAUGGCAUGGUAACUGUUAUACCUGGUACACCGUUGAUAAUGGAAAUCAAACUCAACGAAGAGGCUAAUAAUAUUUAUGGUUUGGGUGUUAAUUAUUUGCAAGUAACAGAUAUGGCUGAAAUGUCAGAGACCAUAUUAUUUAAGGGCUGCACAGUGGAUCCUUAUCUGUUUGAAAACUUCAAUCUCACUGACACAAAUUCUUUAAAAUCCAAAUUUCGAGCCUUUAAAUUCCCUAAUACAGCAUUUGUGCAAUUUCGGGCGAAUAUCAAAGUUUGUUUGAACAACUGUGCCGCACCUCAAUGCAUAGCAGGCAGUACAAAACAGUCUCGCAAAAGACGUGCUAUAACUAAUCAAGAGAAUGAUGUAUUUGAUAUCAAUACCAGUUUUACUUUGAAAAUAAAUUUAAAUUCCAAAGGCCAUGAAGGUAAAUAUUUGCAACACAAGUGCAUUAUUUGUAAACAAUAA